GUGAGUUGACAUAAGACCACUCGUUCCACGCCUAAACUCAAACAGAUGUAGAGAGUGACUGUCCAAAUUUUCUGACAUAUCCCAAUUUCAUUCAAACAAAUUUCUUAUGAAUACUUUUGUACAUUUCUAGUGGUCAAUAAAUAGAGGAAUUAAUCGACUAUUUAAGUGAAAAUUAUUCAAUAAUAAAAGGAUUAUCAUCAUGAGUGAAUUGAGCCAAGAAGAAAUGCGAAGACGUCGUCUAGCUCGAUUAGCUGGUCUAGAUACCAGCACACCAGUUAUAAAUUCCAGUGUAACAAAUGGAAUUGAGUCUCCAAGCACUCCAGGUCCUUCAACAGUAUCAUCAGAUAUGUUGUCUCCGAUCCAGCAACCCUCAAUUCAGUCGCCCCAAUCACAGUUACAGCAACAACAAUCAUCGGAUUUUCAACAAGAAGUACCCAUGGACUGUGAAGAUAAUAGUGAAAAGCAGUGCAAUAGUUCUGGAAUCGAUGUAGAUUCUGGAAUUGAAAAUAUGGAGGUUGAAGAAUCAGAUCGAAAAGAUAUGCCACCUAGAUCAAGGACUACCAGUUCUAGCAUUGAUGUUACAAUUGAGCAAAUCCAUAGUGUUAUAUCUCGUGUAUUGUGUAUAACUUGGAAAAAAUCAUCUGAUAAACUGAUAUUUUUGUCAGACAUGGCGUCAAAUGAAUCACAGAAUAGAGUAAUGAAUUAUACUGAUAUUGUUAAUGAAGGUUUAAUGGAAGUAUUGCAAAUGUUCACUCGUGGUGAAGAUCCUUUGAAAGAAAUCAAUAUGGAUAUGUUGUCUGAUGGUGAAGACAGUCCAAAUAGUCAAACAAGUCCAUUGGUUAGCCCUGCUGUAGCUCUCUCAUCGUGUCCUUUACCAACAUUACCUCUUCUAUCAAAUGAACAAAAAACGCAACCAAAAAGUUUGUUCUAUCUACUAGAUUGCUAUACAAGAGUUUCAAUAGAAGAACGUAAUAAUCCAAAACGAUCAAGUGUACCCCCAAUCUCUGACGUAUUGACAUGUUUACGUGCUCAGUGCAUUCAAUAUGCAAGUCUCGUGCUUCAAGAAGUGAUCGGAGUGCCAAAUGGCACAAAUAUUACAUCUACCAGUCCUCUACUUUACCCAGUUCUUUCGCAAACUCUCCCUAGAGGCUUUCUUCAUGAACUCGUAGCAAGAACUCAUUCAAAUCCUCAGACAUUCAAUAAAAUAUUUACGCCAUUACUUCAAGGCUUAUAUCUAUCAAUGCAGCAAGCAAGUCUGGUUGGUAAUACGCAUCGUCGACCCAUUGAAGCGUUAGAAGAGUUGAUCGAUAUUCGCUGCGGCACUAACGGUAACAUCCGGCCAAUUUGUCGGCUGAUAACUCAUCAAAUUCAAUUUUUACCUGACGUAAUGACAACUGCGGUUGGACGUGAAUUAACCAGAACUUCAUUCCUCGGACCUUUUCUCUCUGUGUCUGUAUUUGCUGAAGACCAGCCAAAAGUAGCCGAAAAAUUCUUCAGUGGCAUUCCAUCAAAUGAUAAAUCAAUAAAUUUAACAUUACAGCAAGAACUAGAAACCGCAAGGGCUUCGUUGCAUAAAAUGUUUCAUGCAAUUCUUGCAACUAGCACGUGUCGUGAAGCAACACUUGCUUAUUUAGCAACAUUACUUCGUCAUAAUGAAAAACGAGUGCAAAUACAAACGGAAGAAUUUUCUCUUGCUGGUGAUGGUUUUAUGCUUAAUCUUUUAUCUGUUCUUCAAAUGCUUUCUGUAAAAAUAAAACUUGACACGGUAGAUCCUCUAUAUCCAUUUCAUCCAUCAAGCUUUGUGGAAAUAAAAAAUGAUACGAGAUUAAAACUUUCAUCUCAAGAAGUUACAGAUUGGCUAGAAGAGUUAGGAAAGAGUCACAAAUGGACAGAAGCUAAAUUUCCAACACAAUGUUGGUUUCUAACCCUUCACUGUCAUCACGUUGCAUUACUUCCAGCGCUUCAGAAAUACCGAAGAAAAUUACGAGCAUUAAGAGAAUUACAAAAAAUGUUAGAUGAACUCCAAGCUAUGGAACCUCAGUGGAAAGAUGCUCCAUUCGCAGCACACAAUAAAGAAUUAAUAAAACGUUGGAAACAUCAGUUAAAACGUUUAGGAAAAUCAAAGUCAUGUGCAGAUGCUGGUCUUAUCGAUCCUGUUCUUCUUGGACGUUCUUUACAUUUUUACACAUCAGUGGCAGAAAUUCUUCUUGGACUCUUAACUCAAACUACUCCUGGUGUUAAUUUACCUUCUUUACCUCUUUCACAACAAAUACCACAUAAAUUCACUGCUCUUCCAGAGUGGUAUGUUGAAGAUAUAGCAGAAUUUUUACUAUUUGCUCUACAAUUUAGUCCUGGUAUUAUAGCUAAUAAUAUGGAUAAUUCUCUCAUUACGUGGCUCCUUGUAAUCAUCUGUACGCCACAUUGUAUUCGGAAUCCUUAUCUAAUAGCAAAGAUUGUUGAAGUUCUCUUUGUUAUUAACACAAGUGUUCAGGGAAGAACUGAUACCCUCCAUGAUCAAGUAAUGUCACAUCCAAUAACAAAGACGCAUUUAGCUUCUUAUUUAAUGAAAUUUUACACCGACGUUGAAACUACUGGUUCUAGUUCAGAAUUUUACGAUAAGUUUUCAAUUCGUUAUCAUAUCAAUUUAAUAUUAAAAUCCAUGUGGGAUAGUCCAAUUCAUCGUAUAUCAAUCAUUAACGAAAGUAAUAACGGAAAGCAAUUUGUAAAGUUUAUUAAUAUGUUGAUGAAUGAUACAACAUUUCUACUCGACGAAAGUUUAGAAUCACUUAAGCGUAUUCAUGAAGUUCAAGAAUUGAUGUCAGACUCGGCUAAUUGGUCAGCAUUGUCCCAUGAACAACAACAAUCGAGAUCCAGGCAAUUAGCAGCGGAUGAACGACAAGCCAGAUCAUAUCUUACUCUUGCCAAGGAAACCGUUGCAAUGUUUCAUUACUUAACGGCGGAAAUAACCGAACCAUUUUUACGGCCUGAACUUGUUGGACGUUUAAGUGCUAUGUUGAACUUUAAUUUACAACAGCUUUGUGGUCCAAAGUGUAAAAAUUUAAAAGUAAGAAAGCCUCAAAAAUAUGGCUGGGAACCACGGACGUUACUCGGUCAGUUGGUUGACAUUUAUUUACAUCUUGACUGUGAUAAUUUCGCUGCAGCAUUAGCCAGUGACGAGAGAUCUUUCUGUAAAGAGUUGUUUACGGAUGCAUCGAAUAGACUAGAAAGAUCGAAUAUAAAAACAACUACAGAAAUUGAAAGAUUUAUGGCACUGGCAGAGCGUGCAGCGAUUAUAGCUCGAGAUAAUCGUGCUCGUGAAGAAGACUAUGGUGAUGCACCGGAAGAGUUCCGAGAUCCUCUGAUGGAUACGUUGAUGGAAGAUCCUGUAAAACUGCCAUCAGGAAUAAUUAUGGAUAAGGCGGUAAUAAUAAGGCAUUUACUCAAUAGCUCGACAGAUCCUUUUAGUCGACAACCAUUAAGUGAAGACAUGCUUACACCAGUUCUUGAUCUGAAAGAAAGAAUAUCAGCAUGGAAACAACAAAAAAAACAUUCAGGAAAUUUUUAAGUGAUAUUUCGUGACAACACAAAUUAUUUUGGAAGAUUAGGUAAAUGAUUAAUUUGUAUAAGGGUUUUGUUUAAGUAAUCAAUCAAGUAUAAUCAUGAUUGAUUUUUGAAAAAGUUAUUAAAGAUUCGUGCGACUAAAUGAUGCAGUGCAAUGAUCUCGUGCAACUGUUGCGCUCAAUUAAUAAAUUUACAGUUUUUAUACGAUUAAAAAGAAGUCCUACAGACUGCAGCAACCGAACUGCCAAAAUGGAUUCCAGGCGAAAAUUUAAUUAGACUUUAACCGUCUGUAAAUAUUCAUGUGCUUUGCCUAUUAUUCAUAAAUUAAUUGUCGUUUAUGAUUAAUUCACAAUAUGUAUUUUAGAGCAUUUGUAUAUGAAUUAAUAUUAAAUAUUACCAGUAGAAUAAUGAUCAAAUAACUGUAAGAUUAUGACAUGCAUCAGGUGAAUUAAAUGAUUGAAGUGAAAGAAAAUUACGUUUUACUCUGUCAUCUUAUUAGUUGAUUAAAUUUGAAAGUAAAUUGAUUGUAAACAUCAUUUAUUAUAAUUAUAGUAAUAUCUAUUAUUGAUUAUUAUUAAUAUUAUUUGAUGAGUAUUUGAUAUGUAAUGAGAUACUACUUUAUUGUAAUAGUGUUCUUAAUAAAAAUAUCAAAAAAAAUUCUCGAAAAUCAUUGCGAACAACUAAUGAUGAAAUUUGUAAUACUUAACAUAUAUUUACGUAGA